AACUGCGGCUCUGCUGGUAUCCAGGGACGUGAGGUUCCGGGAGACUGCGUUUCCCUGUGGCUUUCCAGGUCGGCAGGAGCCGGAGGAAAUGGGGUGCCAGAGCCGUGCCCCAUCAGGCCGUGUUUGCCUCUGAGGAACAGAGAGUCCGGGCUGAGGGAGAAGAGGACGAACUCCCAGCCAUUCAGGCCUGACAGUCCCCUGCAGCGAGAGCAUACACUGGAAGAGUUCAGGGUCGAAGACAAGGCUGAGGGAAAAUCCAGAGUAUUUAUAAGGGAUGAUGAGAGGUCUGGGGCCAUGGGCCAACUCCUCACCCAAAACACUGGUCUGGCUUGGCAUGUCAGUCAGUCCGAUUCCUACACUGGGCCUCUGCAUGAUAUUUACCCAGAAGCUGCCUUUCAAGGACUGAAGUGGAACAAAAGGUAUAAAAGAAAUGUCAUUCCCAGAGGGAAAACCGUUUCAGUUCUCUUGUGUCUGUUUUUUUUUUUUUUUUUUUUUUUACAGUUACCUCAAAAUUCCCGGAUCCAGAACAGCUACUCUGAGUGUUUUGGUAGAGAUUCCAAAGCAGGAUACAGUAGGUUUCAAAGUACACCUUGGAAAAUCAAUCAUUUGUCUGCAGCAUGCAGCAGGAGCCCUGCCCAGUCUGACUGCUGCCCAGUGCUGCUCCCUGACUGUAUGCUCCCUUUGCUGUGUGCACCUGCUGCCCAGUGCUCGUCACUUACUGUACCCUCUUUCGGCAAGCCUCCGUUCCACCCGAGUUCGCAGCGGUGGCGACUGCGCCGGUCCGCCCGCCACCCGUGCCGCGUCAUCGCCCGGGCCCGCCCACCCAUGCGCGUCAUCGCCCGGGCUGCCGCCCACCCAUGUCGCGUCAUCGCCCUGGCCCGCCCACUCCUUCGCGUCAUCGCCCGGGCUGCCGCCCACCCAUGUCGCGUCAUCGCCCCGCGCCGCCCGGCAGCAUCAUCGCCCCGGCCCCGCCGCAUCAGCACCCCGGACCCCCCCGGCAGUAUCAUCUCCCCGGCCCACCCGGCGCGCGGCAUCAUCAUCCGGGGCUGCCGCUCCACAUCACCACCCAGGACCGCUUCCCCGGCUCAUCUCGCCGCCCCGGCCCUCCCGGCUGCACAGCCCCGCUCUCCUGCUCCGCCGGCCCAGAAGUCCUUGUGGCACAGGAGCCAUGCUGCUUGCAGAUGUUUAGAGAAAUUGGAUUCAGUGAGUUCUGUAGAAAUCUUCUGCUUACCUUUUAAUCUUCUGGAGAAGCUGGACUGGAACGUGGAAGCUCAGGGGAGACCUUCCCACAGGUGUGAGCUCCAAGUCCCUCCAUACCUGAGGACUCAAAGGUGUUCGGGUGUGACAGCAGAUGGGAAACCUGUGAUGUGCAAGUCACCCAGUUGGAAGCGGUGCUGGAGCUUGGAGUGUGAGGGACUGGGACCAGGGAAAAAGGCAUCAAGUGAGUGGUGUGCCCUGGGGACAGGCAGAGCCUGUCCUUACCCGUCUGCCAGGAGCAUCUGAAGGAAAGCAAACACAGAGAUUGAGUGGUGCAGUGAGGAGCAAGUUGCUGGCUUAUGUGAUUUCUGACUGAGCUGCCACAGAAACGGGCAUCUGUGUGUGUGCAUGCUUCCUGGCAAAUCCAGAUGUGACGUGGAAAUCCUAGGGGAGGAUUUCCAGCCUUGACCACGCGUGACACAGGCUUGUGAAAAUGGAAAUGGCCUUGGCAGAAGAGCAGCUGUGAAGUGAAGCAGAACUGCAAUACAGUUGUUUCCAGGUGCUGCACAGGAUGGACAUCUGUGGCCUCAGACAGCGAUUGCCUAGGAGGAAGGGGAGGCUUUGCACAGCUCACCUGCACAGCUCAGGUGGAUGGGACAGGAUUGGUGUGGCCUGAGAAGGCAUGAACAGCUGUCUGUGUUCUGCAGUGCCUUGAAACCUUUCUCUGUCAGGUUUUGGAGGG